AGAAAUUGACGUAUAUUGUAUGGUGUUGUGGAAUAUGUGUUGUAGGUACUGCUAAAUUGUGAGGAAAUAUUUUAUUAAAAGUGAUUCAUCUUUUCUUAUAUAUAUACGUUAGCUUUUGGGUAAAUUAUCAAAAUGGGUUUAACUAUUUCAAGUGUUUUUACGAGGCUCUUUGGAAAAAAACAAAUGCGUAUUCUAAUGGUUGGACUUGAUGCCGCUGGAAAAACUACCAUACUUUAUAAACUUAAGUUGGGCGAGAUUGUGACAACAAUCCCAACCAUUGGCUUCAAUGUGGAGACAGUCGAGUACAGGAACAUCAGUUUCACUGUUUGGGAUGUCGGUGGCCAAGAUAAAAUCCGACCCUUAUGGCGUCACUAUUACCAGAACACCCAAGGACUUAUUUUUGUUGUCGAUUCCAGUGAUACUAAAAGAAUAGCAGAAGCUGAGAACGAACUAGCCAAUAUGUUGAAAGAAGAUGAACUAAGGGAUGCUGUAAUUCUGGUGUUUGCGAACAAACAAGAUAUGCCAAAUGCUAUGACAGCAGCUGAACUUACAAAUGCAUUGAAUCUUAACAAUUUAAGAAACCGACGUUGGUAUAUCCAAGCAACAUGUGCAACUCAAGGCCAGGGUCUUUAUGAGGGGUUGGACUGGCUGUCCAAUGAACUAGCAAAGAAGUGAAACCCAACAGGGAUCUUGGGAAAGUUCACCACACAUUCCCAAAAGGCUGGACAACAUAUUAUAAAUGCUGUCAAACUAACUUGAAUUGAAAGACUAAAAUUUGUAUGUAAUUUAAUUAUAUACCAAUAUAUUUAUUGUGUAAUGUAAGAGUCAGAUUUAUUAUCUUACUUUCCAUUGCAUUUUAUAUCGAGAGCUAUGAUUAUGUAUUCAAUGUCUAUAAAAUUUUGUGGCUUUUGUGAAUGGGUAACUUUAUAUUAUUCAAGUAUGCUAUAAUUUUGCCAUAAUUAUGCAGUAUUUUACAUUAUCAAAUUACCAAUUCAUAUUGUUGUAGCAUACAUCAGAAAUUGGAUUGAAUCAUACACUUUUACAUUGAAUGUCAUUGAUGCUAGUAAUUUUAAAAUACAGUAUAAACUCUAUAUAACGUCACUUAAGGGACCAUGCAUUUUUCGACGUUAUAGAGAGUGGUCGUUAAAUGGAAAGAAAGGAAAAAUUGCAUGAUUGGUCCCGAGACAGGAAUAUUAUUUUGACAUUGCCUAUGAAACCAUGUUAUCAUCACUUGAUCAAGGUCUUCAUAUUGAGGUUUCUUCAAUUUUUUGGCAGAUCGUCCAUCUUCUUCGGCAUGCAGAAUUUUUUUAUUUAACGUGUAACUAACGAAGGCCAAGUAGUUGAGGUGAACAUGUGUAAGUUCAUUCACACAUCAAACAAACGACUGCAUUUCUUAGAAUCUUCGGUAUGUCAGUAAAAAAGAAUGUACACAACUACAUUUUCAUUGAUUUCGGCAACUUAGUCAGUACUUCCUAGUAAUUGGUAAUGUCUUAUUGUGGUCGUUAAUUAGAGUGAGCGUGAUGCUAUAUGGAGUGUAUUAUUGUAUAGACAACAAUAUAAACCAACCAAAGUCGAGAAAUCUUGACGUUAUAUGGAGUUUGACGUUAAAUGGAGUGUCGUUAUUUAAAGUUUACACUGUAGCUAUGAACUUUUAUUACAUACAUGGUUGAGAAAAA